GACAUGAAACUGUAAAUUACCGGACAUGUAGCGGCGCCGCCGCCAAAUGUAACGGCAUCUCCGUUCCGCACUUUUCUUUCUCCUCAUCGCUCGCGCGCUCUCUUCCCUCCAGGAACAAAUCAACGGCAAUUCAACAAGCGUAAGACUCGUCGUCGUCGUCGGAGGCAACAGCUGUGGAAGAAGCGAUGUGCCAGAACCCUAACCCUAACUCCGCACCCAACACAGAUCCGAGUACCAGUAGCCCGAUCUGCAGCCCCGCCCCCGCCGCCGAGGAGCAGCGCCGCCUGGGGGACUUCGGCAAGCAGGCCCUGGUGCAGGACCUUGCCCGGAGGCUCUCGGACGCCGAUCUGUCGGCGCGGGUUCAGGCCGCGCGGGAGGUGCGCAAGUUCGCUAGGGCGUCGGCUAAGUCCCGCUCCACCUUCGCCGUGGAGGCCGUGGUGCAGCCCCUCAUAGCCAUGCUGCCUUCCCCGGACCGUGACGCCCGUGAGGCUGCCCUGCUCGCGCUUCUCAACCUCGCCGUUCGCAACGAGGGAAACAAGGAUAAGAUUGUGAAGAGCGGUGCUGUGCCACAUCUGGUGGAGCUCCUCCGAAUUGGGAAGAACAACUUAAGAGAGUUGGCUACGGCAGCAGUUUUGACGCUCUCAGCUUCUACCCCUAAUAAACCAACCAUUGCCACCUCUGGAGCAGUUCCUCUUCUUGUUCAAAUUCUCGCUGCAGGAAGUAUCCAAGGAAGGGUCGACGCUGUCACUACCCUGUACAAUCUUUCUUCUUGCGAAGAUAGCACCAACUUUACCCUACCCUCAGAAGCAGUUAAUCCGCUCCUCACCCUCUUAAAGGACUGCAAGAAAUACUCCAAGCUUGCUGAAAAAACCACUCGUCUCCUGGAAAUUUUAUCCCGGACCGAAGAAGGAAGGAACUUGAUAUCCGAAUUUGGCGGAAGCAUUUUGACACUGGUAGAGACCAUCGAAGAGGGUUCAUUGCUCAGUGCAGAGUAUGCUGUUGGAGUGUUGUUUUCUCUGUGCAGCAAUUGCCGGGAGAAAUGCAGGGUGCUCAUCCUCAAAGAAGGUCCCAUUCCAGGGCUGAUGUUGUUAACAGCCGAGGGCACGAAGAAAGCCCGUGAGAGGGCUCAUGAUCUCCUAAAUCUGCUCCGGGAUGAUUCCAAGAAAAAGAGAGUUGUAUCAAAGGAGCUAGAGAUUUUAGUUUACGACAUCGCGACUCGGGUCGAUGGACCAAUGAAGGCUGCUGCGACGGCAAAGCGAAUAAUGGAGGAUAUGGCUAGACGAGAUAAGGAACUCAGUGCCACCAAACUUCACUCCAAAGGAUGCCACUAACUUCAAAUGACUUCUUCCCGUACCCAGUCAACAAAUAUUAGGUUUAGAAGUGUAGGCUUUCUCAGAAUUUGUGUAAGAUAAUGGUUGUGUUUCAUGUUUUUUGUUUGUUCUUUUCAUUUCCCACUUUUCUGUGUACAUGUUAACGCGGACUUUUAGCCAACUUGCUAAAAGUGGAGUGUUUGACUUUGAAGGUUUGAAUGUUCAAAAAAAAAAACUUACUGGAUUCGUAUU